CAGCUUGUUCACUGGCACACCACACGAGCGCGGAAACAAAUCCUCUGCAGUAACUGCAGGAGGACUGAGCCGCUGUCACGCGGGCCAGGAGAUCACCUGGGCCACACGGCAGUGGUCGAGUCCCACGAGCGCACAGGAACAGCUGAGCUGAGCGACAUGGCGAGCGGCGGCUACUACUACGACCAGGGCACGGCGACCUACUUGCCGGCGCCGGCGCCGAGGGCGACGUCCUUCCACCUCUGCGUGUUCCUGGCCACCGCCGCGCUGCUCGGCACCACCACGUUCUACUCGCGCUACGAGUCCGCGGUGGAGAGCCUGGUCGACCAGGUCCGGUUCGCCGUCGUGCUGUCCCCGCUGCUGCUCCUGCUAGCGGUGCAGUACUGGGCGGCCACGUCCGGGUCGCGGACGCGGGGCGGCGGGGUCUCGUCGCUGCUCCUGGGGGACCAGCCCUCCUGGUACGGCGGCGGCGGCUGGGGCCAGCAGCAGCGGGACGGCGCGGGGGCGUCGUCUCCGUGGGGGGUGGCGCUCGCGCUCACGCUCGUGCUGCUGCUCGUCUCGUACCAGUCAUGCUUCCGGGACCUGUGGUUCCCGCUGGUCAGCCGCCGGCGAGUUUAGGCCAGAGGUUAUCGGAUGCUGCCACUUCUUGCAGCGCUGCUCGCCGGCAUCCAUAAAUCGAUAGGUACCAGGCAGAUUCCGAUAUGACUGGAGAAUUAUUGGAGCUUCGAAGGACACGAGUUUGCUGUCUGGAUUCUUGAAGCUGUAGUGUCAGACUGACAGUUAGCUCGGCUAGCUACUCCGGGAUAUGAUCAACAAUAUGCGUGUAAUUAUUGCAAUGAUAGAAUAUUUAAUAUAAUAAAUUAAAGAAAGUUCGUGCAUCUA